UAUAAAGUGAGAUGAACUUGAUGGUUCUUAGUUCCUGCUAGUGCCACCGUGAAGCUAAUCGUUGAGAUGAAGAUUAGUAAAACCAUUGACGAAUACGUCAAUGGUAAAACUACCAUCGGGAUUGCAGCCGGCGUGACCGGAACACUGUUCCUGGGCUACUGCAUCUACUUCGAUCACAAGCCCCGCAAAGAUCCGGACUUCAAAAAGAAGCUGCGAGUGAGGAGGUUAGAGAGAGAAAUUCGUGGAGAAAAGAAGGAAAAUUUCUUCGCUUUUCGACCUCUCUCUCGUUCCGAAUUAACGUGCUACCCGAAUAAAAAAUACAGUAGAAUUACAAUACAAUUACAUUUUUAUUCGGGUAGUGCCACCGUGAAACUCGGGUCCGGAAUCGUUGAGAUGGAGAUUAGUAAAACUACCAUCGGGAUUGCAGCCGGCGUGGCCGGAACGCUGUUCCUGGGCUACUGCAUCUACUUCGAUCACAAUGCAAGAAUUUUCCUCCAGGAAAUUCAGAUGGGCGAGGCCCUCAUCUCUUCCGGUGACAUCGAGAACGGUGUCGAGCAUCUGGCUAACGCAGUGAUCGUCUGCGGCCAACCGGCACAGCUUCUCCAAGUCCUCCAACAGACCUUGCCAGCCCAAGUGUUCACACUACUGAUCAAUCGUAUGCGGCAGUAAGGCGGCGGACAGGGCGGAAGCGAUAGCGAGAGGGCCAGAUUGCAAGAAAUGAACGACGAUCUGGAAUAGCUUGGAGUGUUAUAGAAUUCAUAGUAGUAGCAACAGACGGAGACUGGAGAUACCAAAUACAAACAGAGUACAGCUUCGUCUGCGGUUAUCGCCCACGCAGUUUGAUGUAUCGAAUCACACAAUAAUUAUAGAAAGAAGUAAACUAAAUCCUACAUAUGUUACAAGAAGCUUCUCGAAAGAAAGACACUGUUCAGCUGUCCGUGAUUUAUUUUCUGCACCGCGUUCAAGUUUUGGCAUGACAAGCGGAAUCACUAUUCCGUAAUCCACAUUG